AUGUCCGCCGUUGCACUAUCUGAUCAGGACGGAGAGUACGAACUCGACGACUCUCUUGAUUCGCGCAAAGAUACUUCUGACCCGGUGGAACCCAUGGUCACAGUCGACACCACCGUUGCGACUGGACUAAUCGAAGCUUAUGAGCUAGGUGAUAAGGAACCAUACGAAGGCCCCUUUCAGCCAACCCUUGGAUAUAAAUCCAUGACUGAGCUUCCAAGCUCCUGCUCAAGUAUCGACGACGACCCCAGCGAUCCAACCUACCACCCAUCCAAAUCCCUUUGCAGAAGAUCCAGGCUGAGAUCCCGCCGAGCUCGCUUUUCCGGGCAAAUUCAGGCUAAACCCAAGCCCCCUCAGACCCGUCUUAGAGACGCGAAGGGCCGCUUCGUGGCGGCGCGAUCUGAAAGCUGCUCCCUCGUCGGACGUCUCAUUGCCGCGACCAAGCACCCCUUGCUUCUCCGAUCACAGUGA